CUGGGAGCUAGCUAGCUACGGGCAUCCCUGCUUGGAGGCUGCCGAAUGCUUCACCGUUGCACCAAAAGCUCCGUCUGAGGAUCGACGAGACCAUCUAGCCCAGAUCGUUUCUACCUCUUGCAUUUUGUAAUGGUCCUGGGUCUUAUUUUCCUCUGUAAGCACCUGUGACGUGAUGCCUGCUUGGUCCAGUUGUCAUCUGUGGUUGGCUUUGCGGAUUUUGUAUGCAGCAGUUGAGUUUAGGAUGUGGAAGUGCUGAUCUCGGUAACAGGUUGUCUCUCUCCUUUCCCAGUGCAAACUAGAGCUGGUGGUGGGAAGCCCGGCAUCAUGUAUGGACUUGGAGCUCUACACGUCCGAUGACAAAUUUGUAAUGAAACUGGACAGCGAUGAGGCCUUACUGGGAUCUUACCCCAUCGACGACGGCUGUAGGAUACAUGUUAUUGACCGGAGCGGAGCCAGGGUCGGCGAGUACGAGGAUGUGUCGCGGGUAGAGAAAUACGAAAUGUCUGCCACUGAUUAUGAGAAGAGGCCAGACUCCGUGCGCUCCUUCCUGAAGCGCAGUAAGGUGGGGAAGUUUAACGAGGAGGAGAUGUUGAAGAAAGAGGCGGAGCAGGAGCAAAAACUAACCGAAGAGAAGGCUCAGGCGGAGGCCAUUUCAGUGGGCGCUCGGUGCGAGGUACGGGUCUCGGGCCAGCCCAAUAAACGGGGGACAGUCAUGUUCGUGGGGCUAGCGGAGUUCAAACCGGGCUACUGGAUUGGCAUCAAAUAUGACGAACCCUUAGGGAAAAACGAUGGCAGCGUCAAUGGAAAGCAGUACUUCGAAUGCCAGCCCAAGUAUGGCGCCUUCGUGAAGCCUCAGUACGUCACCGUGGGGGACUUCCCAGAAGAGGAUUAUGGACUGGACGACGAAAUGUGACCGGGAGAUGGGAGACAGGAGUCCACGUGGCCCCGCCGCCCUCUUCACGUGGCCGUCGACACGCUGCGGCGUCUCAGUGGGCUGCCGCAUUCAGAUCCUGCUAGAGGGCACCUAGGUGAGGGAGAAGAUGUAACGAGCAGCUGUUUUGUUUUUAUUAUUUCUUCUGAUUAUCUGUUUGUUCAGUGAAAGAUGCCAUAUCCCUUUUGUUUUUUCUCCCUCCCCUCCAUACGCACCAGCUUAAUGCCGUGACACUAAUAAAACUGCCUGGGAGGAAGUGGCGCUGCCGCUUAACAGUGA